AUGCUGAAAAAUAUCGCACGAUCAAUGUCAACAAUGCUGCCCGAGACUUCCCGAGACUCACCUGUUGAUGUACUCAUCAUUGGUGCUGGGCCGGCUGGCCUUUCUUGCUCUUCGUCCCUCGCAAGACUUCUACACACCUGCAUCGUCUUCUCAUCAGAGAAUUUCCGCAAUCAGAAAUCCAAGCAUAUGCACGGCGUCCUGACUUGGGAACACCGUGAUGCUGCUGAGUUUCGAGCUGCGGCUAGGAAAGACAUCCUCGCGAAUUACAGUACAACAUCUUUCCAGGACAGCACAAUCAUGAGGCUGGAAAAAUUAGCGAGAAACGAUGGCACGAGCCUUUUCAAAGCUACCGAUGAGACUGGAAAGGAAUGGUGGGGAAGAAAAGUUGUUAUUGCCACUGGUAUCAAGGAUAUCAUGCCGGAGAUCGAAGGAUACGAAGAGUGCUGGGGUACCGGAAUCUUCCACUGCCUUUUCUGUCACGGGUAUGAAGAGCGGGGAUCAAAAUCUGCGGGUGUGUUAGCCAUUGAUGACUGCGCACCUGCAGGUGCCGCGCUCCAUAUGGCGCGAUAUGCCAAUCGUCUUGCCGAGAAAGUCACUAUUUACACUAAUGGCAACGAAUCCGUGACCAAGGACAUUGAGAAAGCCUUGUCUCAGUGCAAACCUGAGUCUAAGACUCGAAAGAAUGUGACUGUCGAUUCCAGGAGUAUUUUGAAAAUGGUGAAGGGUGCAAAAGGUGGCGAGGUUGAAGUUCACCUUGAAGGAGGAGAGAAGACACUUCAGGGAUUCUUGGCUCACAAGCCAAAGGGAAAGGUAAACGGACCUUUCGUGGAACAAUUGGGAUUGGAGCUCACGCCGCAAGGCGACAUCAAGACAAGCCUUCCGUUUAACGAGACAAGCGUUCAUGGUGUGUUUGCUGGAGGAGAUUCUGCGACGCCUCUGAAGGCCGUCACGGUAGCAUUAUCAGCGGGAGGGUUCCUAGCAGCAGGAGUCGCUGCGCAGUUGGAAGUAGAAGACUGA